UAUGCCACGCAGCGCUCCACUCCGGAAUGUAGUUCGGGGAGGAGCGCGGUUCCGAAGCAUCAUGCGUUCCUGGAGUGUGCCGGCGACGUGGCUGCGUGAGGCUGGAUGGAAGGGGCAGAUCGAGGCAGGCUUUCUGGUUCUUGUCAGAAUCCACGAGGCUUGAAAGGACAGAAUGAGAGAACAGAAGUCAUCUUUUUACCUAGUGUUGCUCCUCAGUUCCUUUAUCUUCCUAUUGACAUUCUGGCCCACUGCUAGUCACAGAUCCAGUGCCAAGAGGAUGUCCCACUCCACGAUGCUGCCAGCUGCUGCCAGCUCCCGCUGGUGGAGUACAGAGGAAGUCUUGAGCUUCAGAGCGCUUACUGACCUGUUUGUUUGGGAAAGAGUAGAGAUCUGGAUCUGCUCUCUUAUGGGAUCAGCAAUAGUGGGUCUCAGUGGUGUGUUUCCCCUGCUAGUUAUCCCCAUUGAAGCUGGGGCUACCCUGAAAACAGAAGCUGGCUCACAGAAGCUUAAGAGACUGCUUAGUUUUGCAAUUGGUGGACUUCUUGGAGACGUAUUUUUGCAUCUUCUGCCUGAGGCAUGGGCAUACUCGUGUAGUGGAAUUGACAAAGGUCAAAACCACAGUCAACAGGAUCACAAGACUUUGGGUUUGUGGGUCAUAGGUGGAUUAAUGACCUUCCUCAUCCUGGAAAAAAUGUUUCCAGACAGAGACCAAGAAUCGGAGGACAAUGAAAGGAUAACACACAAGGCCACAUCAAGUUCUUUGGUUCAUGAGAACAAGCUUGGUAAUGGAAUGUACCCAAGGACUGCUGUUCGGUACAAUGGAGUCUGUGACAGCUCCACUGUAAAAGUAAAAAACAUGAACCUUCAGCAACCGGCAAUUAAAAUAAAGACAAGUGGCUACUUGAACCUUCUGGCCAAUUGCAUCGAUAACUUCACACAUGGCCUGGCUGUUGCAGGAAGCUUUCUUGUAAGCAGAAAGGUUGGCUUUCUGACAACAUUUGCAAUUCUCCUUCAUGAAAUACCCCAUGAGGUGGGAGACUUUGCCAUUCUUCUGAGGGCAGGAUUUGAUCGUUGGAGUGCUGCAAAGAUGCAGCUUUCUACAGCUUUUGGAGGCUUGUUGGGAGCUUGCUUUGCUCUGUGUGCUCAGUCUCCCAAAGGAGCAGAGAACAGCACAGCUUGGAUUCUUCCCUUUACAUCUGGUGGCUUUCUUUACAUUGCUUUGGUUAAUGUGGUACCUGAGCUACUUGAGGAAUCCAAUCCCAGGAGUUCUCUACAGCAGGUGCUGCUGAUGUGCAGUGGAAUAGCUGUCAUGAUUCUGAUGUCUGCAGUAGUUGAGUGACCUUCUUUGCCCGGCCACUUUUCCAUUCAGUGAUCAGAGCCUAGCCUGGUUGGAAGAGAGGGCUACAUAUUGUGUAACUGAAACUGUGACCAAGAAAGGUACAGAAGGCUUCCAGUGCCAAAGAAAGUGUUAGUCGGAUCCCGAAAUGGAGCGGCUGAUGCAGCUGCUUGAUAUUUAUUUAUAAAAUACUGUAGCCUCUUUGUUUGAGAAGGUUUCAUGGCAGAAGCAAACAACGGUUCUUCCCCAGCUCACGUAAACACAUCAAGGUCAUUGGAAUUCUGUCAUUCAGAAUGUCAUGCUCAAAACAAUCCAACUCCUGCAUUAGUCGGAAGAAUUUCCUUGACAUCAGCCAUGAAUGUGGCAACCUACUUUCCAAAAUCAAAUGACUAGUAGUGGUGCACAUAAAUGAACAUAUAUGCAGUAUCUGUAGUGAACUAUUCAUGACAUUACAGUUAUAUUUUUCUUUCUUUUUAAUGUAAUUUUAUCUCGCGCUUCUGUUAAAUGUCCAGAAAGCUGCUUCUCAGAAUGCUUGUCCGUAAGUACAGCAGAGCAGUUGUUUGGGUUUCCACUGACUUGUUUGAAGUUUCAUUUUGCAUUUACAUUUUAUACAGCUUUAGAAUCGUGGCUAUAAGUGCAGUAGUUUUCACCCUAGCACUUUGUCCUAGCUGUUUAUUGUGUAAAUUUCUUUGUCGAGGUUUAGCAUUUCAAAUUUCACACGUUUACUCACCACUACAACAUGCAGUGCUUAGCAGGGCUGUACAUUUCACUGGCUCCCACUCACAUUCUCGCUGCAGCUGUCUCUCUUUUGUCCCAAAUUCAAAUGUGCUUUAUAGACGGACAGACAUUAUUGUGGACAAUGACAUCAAAGCAUUAAUACUUUAAUAUCCACAGGAAUAUUUGCAUAUAGUGUCUACCUUGCACUCUCUUAUCUUGUAAUUUAUAGCUCUCAUCCCCCUUUUUUUUUGCUGCUUUUUUUUUUUUUUUUUUACUCAAAAAGUCUUAUUAGAAUAAAGAGAUCGGUUAACACUUAGUAUUUCCAAAGACUUGUGCACUAAGACAAUGUAGUUUUUACAUAUAGUACAGAACAAUUUGUAUCAAUAAAAAUGCCUUAUGUUUAUAGCAAUAAAUCCGUAUGUCAAAUUAAAGUUCAGGCCCUCACGCUGAGCUCUUGCUAGCUUCUCUUUUUUGACAUGUAGCUGCCCAUCCGGUCGCCUCGAGCCAUGUGUGAUUUUUUUUUCUCCCAUUAACACCUGCUUCUCGAUGACUGUGAUGCCUCCUUUCCAGAUAUCUAGAAUAUUCUUUGUUAGCUCAUUUCAGAAAUUAAGCUACUCAAACUGAUAGUCUUUUUUUUUUCUUUCCAGUACUAACUCAUUAAACUGGACAUUUAUUUCAGCUCAAAUGGAUGCUACCAGCAUUUUAAAAUAUGAGUGACAUGACCCGAUUAUAAUGCAGGCCAGGCUGUAUCUGCAGAUUGGCAAAAUCAAGUCCUGCCUGCACCACAUAGCCCUUGCUACCCGAGUGGAUCCCAUACAGUCCUUCCUAGCAGUGGACACUGGAAAGCAGAUGUCCUUUUUAACUGAAACUGCUACUACCAAGGUUAAACAGAAACCUGCAGACAAUAUGAACUUCACACCAAAGAGGCCUUUUUUUGCCAAACAGUAGCUGCGCUUCUAAAACUGGUCCUUUUCUAUUUGGUGCGUUCCCAUCAUAUAUCAGUGCUAAUGUGGUAAUGAAAGCAUUGCUUCAGUCUGUUCAUUUUCUGGUGCAAUCUAGGACAAUCGAAACUCUGCUAUUAGCUCUACCUUUUUUAAAGUACAUGUCACUUUAAAUUCGGAAAACUCAUUUGGAAGACACAAGGUCCAUGAAAGCGUAAGUGACAUCUUCUGUUCUUUGUCAUAGUAGCUUUAGUAGCCAUACCUUUCCUGACUAUAAUAAUCUUUGUGCCAGCUAUUUACAGGAGUAUACCACAGCAGCGAAUUAAUGGACUUUAUGUGGUGGAAAAUGUCCGAACGCACAGUUACCCUUGAAAGUCUUUGUGGCACUAUUGUGUGGCUGCUAGAGAUUAUUUUAAUAGUUACUGGGUUGUUUCAUUAUUAUAAGAUCUGCAUCAGACUUUAGCAGCCUUCUCCUCCUCGAUGGUGUGUUAUUUUCGUCAAAGGCCUUGUCCUCAAUCUGACAGAGGGUUGAGUAUAUGCUGACAAAAGGCUGCAUGCCAAUCAGAAAAGAAAGAACCUGCACACUACACUAAAUUGAAAUAUAUUUAUUUUAUUACCAAAGAUAGCAUAUAUUUUGAAAAGGUAAAGAAGUAUUAUUUAUUUUUAAUAUUCCAAGCUGAAUCAUGACAGGUAUCAAGUGAAAAGUGGACCUUCCACCUCUUCACUCCACCUCUUGUACCCUGCUGUGUCUACUGGAAAGUCUUGUUUUGGGAUCCUGAAGACAUACCAGCCUCUCAUACCGUAGGUAGAACCCACUUUCAGGUCAGCUCUAUGAGGGAGAUUAUUGCAAAAGUACAUUUAAAAUUCUCCAUGCUCAGUAUCUGAGAGAUUCCCACUUGUAUAUCUUCACUACAUGUUGGCUCUGUCAGGCACCUGCUUCAGGGCAGUGGUGACCUGUUGGGUAUCAAAGGGUCUGUGACUUACUGGCACCACAGCUGCUACCCUAGCUGCAGCAUGGCUUCUGUAUAUUUGCCUCUGCCUCUCCCAGUUUCUGACAUUUGGGUCUUCUUUAACAUACAACUUUGCUCUUGUAGCAAUAACUCUGCAUGACCUGUUACACUGUGUGAGGACACUUGGCCCUCAUUUUUGGAUAGAUUGUGCGCCUCUUGGCUGAUUGUGAGGAAAGCUGUGCAGAAGGACAUUCUUGGAUGGUGUUGCAGUGAUGUGAAAAUGAGACAUUCAAGCUUCUCAUGCAUUGGGUCUUGAAACAUGUUAUUCAAAUUGCUCACUUUUUUUUUCUUUUCAAUUUUAUGGGUGAUCUUGAAUAAAUGCAGAAUGUCCAGUUGCACAAUAUUCCACCAAACAGUCACCAGUAGCACAGUCUUCAUUUUCUGCACUUUCUAGAGGUCCUAUUUUACAUAUAAGAUAUUUUGAAAGCUCUUGUAUGUAUGCUGCCUUUGUAAAUAUUUUGCAUGGCGUAUAUUUCAAUAAAAUAAGCAUAUGUAUUA